AUGGACGCUGUAAGAGCAGUGUGGAUAUUUUUAACGUUGGCGAUCUUGUUUUUAGCCCAAAUUAAAGCUGAAAAUGAGUUUGUGAUUCGAUGGUGUGUUGUAAAUUCAGCUGAGAAAAUGAAAUGUGAAAUUCUGAAAGAUAACCUGAAGUUAAUCUCUCAACAGAAUAAUGCAUUUGCAGCUAAAGUCAAGAAAUAUGAGCUUAUCUGUCAGGAAAGGAAAGACAUCUUUGAUUGUAUGAAUAACAUUCAAAAAAACAAUGUGGAUUUGAUUACUCUGGACCCCGGACAGGGAUUUUAUGCAAGCAAAUAUCACAACAUGCGACCUAUAAUGGCAGAAAUGUACAAUACAGAUUCUGAUCGUUUAAAGUUUUACGCAGUGGCGGUCAUCAAUUCUGUUUCUAACAUUGAUAUCAAUUCAAUGCAAAAUAAGAAAGUGUGUUUCCCAGGUAUUGGUAAUGGAGCUGGGUGGAUCUAUCCCAUUUCUACCCUGAUUGACAAAAACCUUCUUAAAAUUAUUGAGUGCAAUGCUAUUGUCAAGACUGUGUCAGCAUUUUUUUCAAGCACAUGUCUCCCAGGAGGAUUAUCUGCUUUCUAUAACCAAUUAGGAAACAAUCCAAAUAAAAUAUGUGAGUUGUGCGAUGGUUAUGGUGAUGACCAUUGUACAACAAGUGACCCUUAUGCAGGAUAUGAUGGUGCAUUUAGGUGCCUUGAAAGAGGAAUUGGUGAUAUAGCCUUUGUCAGGGACAAUACAGUUGCACUCAUGUUGCAAAAUAACACUGGUGCCAUGUCUAACUUCAAACUUCUCUGUCCUUUUGGUUCUCAUAUGCCACUAGACCAGUAUAAAAACUGCAACUGGGGCAAAAUACCAUCACAUGUGAUAAUGGCUUCAGGAACUAAAACAGCUGAAGAAAUCCAACCAUUGAAAGACUUUCUCAUUUUAAUUGAUGAGCUGUUUGGUGUUAAUGGUAGAUUUAAGAACCAAUUCUUCUUGUACAAUUCCAACUCUGUCCCAAUGCAUGGCCGCAUGAAUCUUCUUUUUACUGAUGGUACUAUUGGACUUGAAGACCUUGGAAAGAAAGACACAGAUUACACUUGGAUUGGAGAUGAUUUUCACAAAAAAUUGUCAAGUUUAAACCGAUGCCCUUUGCGAACUGCUCGCUGGUGUGUUAUCUCCCUUGCGGAAAAAACCAAAUGUGAAGACAUGCUGAUGGCGCUGAGAGCCAAGAACAUCAAACCAGACCUUGAUUGCAUUUUAGCAGAAAAUGCUAUUGGCUGCAUGAAACUAAUUGCCUCUGGGGAUGCAGACAUUGUUAAUUUGGAUGCUGGGGAUAUCUACACAGCUGGCAAGUAA